AGUAAGUGGACGCCUCCAUCAGGAAGUGAACAGGGGGGGAGAUAAACGGACCCGAAGAACAAACGCGUUGUUAUCCUUUGGUCCAGGGAGUCAAUCUGCAGUCAUGUUAUUAACAAAACUUACGUCUACACUCAGACAGAGAACUAUCUGCAGACUGCAUCGAAUUCAAGGACACAUGAUGUCCAGUCAUGUGGAGCCAGAAGUUCUCCUGGAGAAGGUGAACAGAGCUGGUGUGAUCACCAUGAACAGACCGAAAGUCCUAAAUGCCCUCAACAUGUCCAUGAUCCGACUGAUAUACCCUCAACUCAAGAAAUGGGAAAGUGACAGCGAAACCGACUUGAUAAUUAUCAAAGGAGCUGGUGGUAAAGCCUUUUGUGCUGGUGGAGACAUCAGAGCAAUAACCGAAGCUGGGAAAGCUGGAGAUCCCCUUACAAAGGUCUUUUUCCGUGAGGAAUACAUGCUGAAUAACGCGAUAGGAACAUGCAGGAAACCAUUUAUUGCCUUAAUUGAUGGGAUAACAAUGGGAGGGGGAGUUGGUCUGUCAGUUCAUGGACGUUUUCGAGUGGCCACUGAGAGAACACUGUUUGCCAUGCCAGAAACUGCUAUUGGUUUGUUCCCUGAUGUGGGAGGUGGUUAUUUUCUCCCCAGGCUUCGAGGAAAAUUGGGACUCUUUCUGGCCUUGACUGGCUUCCGUCUCAAAGGCCGCGAUGUGCAGAGAGCCGGAAUUGCCACUCACUUUGUAGAGUCUAAGAAGAUAUCUGACUUAGAGAAGGAGCUACUGGACUUAAAGUCGGCCUCUACUGAGAAUAUUUCCCGAGUGUUAGACUCCUUCCAGAAGGAGAGCAGCCUUGAUUCUGACAAACCGUUUGUCUUGGAGAAGCACAUGUCUGAUAUUGACAGGCUGUUUAGCUCAAGCAGUGUGGAGGGCAUCAUGCAGAACCUGAAGGCAGACAACUCAGACUUUGCAAAGAAACAAAUUGAGGAAUUAUCCCGGAUGUCUCCCACUUCCCUGAAAAUAACCUUCAAGCAGCUGCAGACCGGUGCUACUCUCAGCCUGCAGGAUGUGUUUGUCAUGGAGUAUCGCUUGAGCCAGGCCUGUGUGCAUGGCCGUGACUUCUAUGAGGGCGUACGAGCUCUUCUGGUUGACAAGGACCAGAAUCCCAAAUGGAAUCCAUCAACUCUGGAGGAGGUGUCUGACCAGAGUGUGGACCAGUGUUUCUCCUCGCUUGGAGAGAUGGAUAUGUCUUUUUGAUAUCAACCAGCACCUUCACUCAUACAUGUUAGGGUUGCACAAAAAUUCAUAUUAAAUCUUAACCUCGAUUAACAUGUAGGGGUGUCACAAGAUCUCACAAGAUUAAAACGUGAUAUUUAUCGUUUAGGGAACGUUGUCUCAUGAGAUCAGGCAGCCAGAAGCGAAGGAUAAUACAGUUGUUUUUUGGGAUAAAACUAAGGUAUGAUGCAAUAUGUGACAAAACACAUUUUUAUAGUUUCAUAAUUAUGGUUUUACAUGCAUAAAACAAUUCUACAUGCAUAGAAAUGUGUUUCCAAAAACAAGACGUGGCAGUGAGACACCAUCUUCCUGUUUUGUUUGAGUUAUUUAUCAAAUUCAGUCGUGUUUCUCACCUUUUUUGUCAAAAUGCUGCAUCUUGCAACUUUAUUUGGCUCCAUUAUGGGUUCCUUUUUAAAGAGAGAAACACUAUUCAAUUCAAAUCACCACUCAAACCACACCAUCACUACCCAUCACCAUCUAUCACUGCAUCAUGGUAACGCACUUUAAGCAUCAAGUGAGCUGUUCUUUUAAUGUAAACAUGAAUUCAUGACACCCCGAACAUGCAAACAAAUUUCUGUCAAAAUUCUUCUUAACAGGCUUAACAAACAAUGUUGUACUGAUGGACUCCCUCUCCUCCUCGCUCUUCCCAUCUCCCAGCAAGCCUUAACGAGGGCGCCUUAUCAUUAAUCAGCUGGCGGGAGGAGCAAUUUUAUUAAUUGACUUUUCUUUUGACUUGCAUUUAUUACUAGCAUGCGUGUACUAGCAAGGGAGGGUGAGUGUGUCAUAUUUUUGACUUGUUUAUUUUCAGUCUUUUCAUUUCUAUUAAGAAAGUCCCUUGUAAGCUGCCCUUCCGGGACCUGCCAUAAAGAACAACAGAAAGAUCAUUGGAAUGUUUUUUGUUUUUUAAGCAGAAUUAAUGACAUUAAAAUCAAGAAUACAGCAGAACUAUAUUUAUUAGAGCAUAGUAAUGGUUAUAAUUCUGAAGUAACCUCUUUUUUUUCUUGAGAAACUUCAGAUCUUCCUGAUCGGAUUCAGGAUCCAACACAUAUGUAUGUUAAAAGCAGAUAUUUUCAUUUUAAAAAGAUAAUUUUCCGUUUAUUAUUUGCAGCUAGCGGCACAACACUAGAAGUCCUCUUGGCACUUGGGAGUGUGACCAACCAAUUAGCGCAGAUCGUUUUCACUGGAAGCACAAAAUCCAAAGAAAAACAACUGGAAUAGGUGCAGAAUCUUGAAGAUCUAGAAAGCUUUCUAUACUGCUUACUGUGUGUAGAAGUCCACAACUCGAUACAAAGGCCUGAAAAAUGAGAAUAAUAGGUCUCCUUUGGAAGAAACUGCUCAUAUACAGCAUUUUAUGACUUUACACAAAGAUAAAUCUUGAAGGUAAUCUUUAAAUUUACUUUAAAUUUCUAUCACAGUAUCAAUAAAGUACAGUUUAUAUAUCAAGUCACCCCUCCUCAAUCAAUUUAUAUAAAAAUCCCAAUGUUCUUCCACGACGUCACAUACAGUUGCCUACUACAGUCGAGUUGUUUAGGUGAGUUCAUGUUCAUAGUGAACCAGGUGACCUAUAAAGCAUCAUAGUACACAUAACUACUCAUGUUGUCAAAACCCGCAUGUUGAUAGUUACUAAAAAAUCUUGAAACAAGCGCUCCACUAUAAAUCCUUCCAUUUGUCCUACAUGGAGAUGAACUGUGUAGUUCACAGCGUGCCAUAAAUGAUUUAUGGUCAUUUUAUGUGCACAUCAUUAAACUGCAUUGCAGAAUGCAAAAAGCCUGUGUCACGGACAGGACACUGUGCAAACACUGUGUAUCAUUCUGAUUUAUCAUUCUAACCACAAGUGCUAGUAAGUGGCGCCUCUCUGGCUGGGCUUUUAUGGCUUAUUGUGUUGGAAAGUGAUAAGUGAUCAUGAGAGAAAAUGUAGUUAAAUGAGACGUUGUAUAGUCACUGUCACAUGCAUUUUACAGUAAAGUGGACAAUGGUGGGAAAUGUUUGUCACACUCAGAUCAUCAAAGAAAUGUAAAUAUUAGUCAGCGGCAACACAAUUGAGCAAAUUGUUUUUAGAUUAUCACACAAUUGUUUUUAGAUUAUCUUUUAUUAUUAAGGAAGAAAGAUUGCCCCUUAAAGCUAGUAACUGGUUGAGUUACACAGCAACAACUGCAAUCAAGUAUUGAUUAACUGGCAAUGAGUAUCUUAAGAGAGCUGUGGAUUAAUUUUUGGUCGAUAGUUUAUCAUCACAUUUAUCACAGCAAGUCUUCAGCAAAACAACCCCAGACCAUCACACUACCACCACCAUAUUUUACUCUUGGUAUGAUGUAGCAUGUUUUCAUUUCAAAUGUUUUCGCAUUAAGUAAUGGGACACACACCCUCCAUAAUGUUCAGCUUUUGUCUUGUUACACCACAGAGUAUUUUCCCUGGAGGGAGGGGCAUUAAGAUGUUUUGUGGCAAAUUUGAGAGGAGCCUUAAUGUUGUUUAUGUUCAGCAGUGGUUUUGGUCUUAGAACAUCUCCCAUCGCCGUUUUUGCCUGGUGUCCUUCUUAUGAUGGCUGUCAUGAACACUGAUCUUAACUGAGGAAAGUGAGGCCUGCAGUUCUUUGGAUGUUGUUGUGGGGUCUUUUGUGACCUCUUGGAUGAGUCGUUGCUGUGCUAUUAAGGUCAUUUUCGUUCAUGUUUUUUGGCAUUUCUGGAUAAUUGCUCUCACUGUGGUUUGCUGGAGUCCCACACCUUUAGAAAUGGCUUAAUAACCUUUACCAGACAGAUAGAUGUCAAUCCAUCUCAGUUAUGUUUUAACAGGGGUACAAUCACACAGGGCCAUGGAUGUUGGAUUUGUUUUUCUCCCUAAAAUAAUAAAAAGAUGAAUUUAAAA